AUAACUUUGGAAUUAUAAAUUGGACCAUCUAACUCAAAAUAUUUGAAAAGUCUUUAAAAAGUCUUUAACCAAUAACUUGUCAAAUUAGCUUACGGCUUUAAUUUCUCAACUAAUGAUGCUCUAUAUAAACAAAACAUAUCUCUUUGAUUUCUAAUUCAUCACCUUAAAGAUUCUGACUUCAAGAUGUAUGUAACAAGGCAUCUCUCGGAAUACCAGAAAAACACGUCAAACUUGACACAAUCGUUGCCGGAAGGUCCAAACUCAGGUGUACUUGUGAUUCAAGAUGAAGAGUCAAAGCCGACUUGUUGCUUCGGAUCUUGCUACGAUGGUGAACUCAAAGGCUUACCAUUCCCACAGAACGCAAAGCUGACUGUGACUUACAGAACCGGAACUAAUGAUAACAGGCGCAGUUACCAUGACCCCGUUCUGUUCAUUCCGGUUCCUGGACAGCCUCUAUCUUUGAACCGUUAUUAUGUCAUUAAAAGACGUGGGAAGCACUCAGGAGGAGCUUCGGCAAGUGCAAAAGAAGAAGACAGAGUCCCCUGCUGCUUUUGCUUUAGCUACAUUCCUGAAGCUAAGCCACAAGAAGCAGAUCCUUAUGACAUAUACCAACAAUUUGAGAUCCAUAACCGCCGAGCAUCAUCUGGUUAUUACACUGCCACUUCUGUUGCUCCUAAUGGGAUACCACCGGAGUUCCUUAAGAGAAAGUACUGGACCGUUGGGUACUCGAAUUCUCAAGACUUUGGUUUGGCAGAUGAUGCAAAGGGAAUCAACGAUAAGCUACGGUCCGAGCUUCCCAAAGAUAUGAAUACAAGCGUUGUGGUAGGAAAAUGGUAUGUCCCUUUCAUAUUCGUGAAAGAAGGAGACGCAAAAAAUCAGAUUAAAACCUCAACUUAUUACAGAAUGACUCUUAAACAAAGAUGGGAAGAGGUUUACUCAUGUAGUUACAACGAGGAAGCAAGUGAGGUUGUUGUUGAUGUUGAAGUAGAAACAGAAGUGGUGAAGCUUGAUGGAGAAGUAACCAACCUGAGAGAGACUAGAGCUGAUGGAAUUGUUUUGUUUAGUGUCUUAAGAGAUGAGAGACAAGACAUGAAGAUAGGUCUCGGGUCAGUGGUCGUGGAGAGGAUUAAGUGGGAAGAGGAGAGGUUCGGUUGGUUAAAUAGAGGCGAUGAAGUAAGGUCUAGGAUUAAGAGAUCAGAGAGAUUCGAAGGCGGUUCAUCACAGUGGAAGAGUUAUAAAUGCUAUGUACUUGUAGAGAGCUUUGAAUUAAAGAGAACUGAUGGGAGUUUGGUGUUGACUUAUGAGUUUACACAUGUUGAUAAGUUGAAGAGCAAGUGGGUUUGAGUUUAUUCAGCUUCUUUUCGUUUCAUGUGUGCAACUUAUGGUACUGUGUUUCAUUUAAUGUAAUUAAGCUUCAUGCAUGCACCUAUGUAAAGCUCUAUAUUCAUGUAAACUCUGUAUAAUGAAUAAUCCAGAACUGGUUUGAAUGAUUGUCUUGCUUGGAUGUAGCAGAAACGGUAAUACAAAAACAAUUAACUUUGUCUCGGUCUCAGGUGAAGCAAUGAGCCUCAAUGUUCUGAAUACAUUAGCAGAAACCAUUACAACGGCUUUUUGGAUGGCAUUUUCACUGAACUUGGUAUUCAAAGUGGCUACAUAAUCCACAACCUCAAGCAAUGUUUGACGCUUGAUCUCCUUUUCCUUAACGUUCUUGGUUGGAUCAGAGAAAUCCAAGAGUGGACAGUACAAGCUGAGCCUUUUGAGAAACAAGGUUUGCUUUUCAGUGUUUGGAACGUCUUUGAAGGUAGCCACGAGACAAAAACCUAAACAUCUAAUUCAAUUUCAAAGAUUUCUAAACUCAACCAUUUAUUAACAACCACACUAUGUGUGAAGUUCCACCUCUCCGAGUCUUCAAAAAUUUUGUGAAUAUCAUUGAUCAACAAAGAAGAAAAAAAGCUUUUUCCAAUGUUCUGGUCACGUUCAGUAGUUUGUAUAGAAUUGAAAAUUUUAAUAAGUAAAACAGGAAAAACAGAGCAAAUUUCAAGAGAUUUAUGUCAGCUUUCAGGGAGAGUACAUGACUACAUAUCCUUGUCCAUCUCUAGAGCAGGUCUGAGCUAGAGUCAUGGUGUCAGGAAGUGAGGUUAGUCGGUGGAAUGUCUGAAUCAUUUUGGUAAGCGACAAUCCUCAGAAGUUGUCUUUGUCAGUAUCAUAAACUUUCUUUUGUGCCAUUUAAUUCAUUAACUUUAGAUUGAAUGUAUCACUUAUGUCCUAUACAACAACUUGAAUUCACAAUUAGGCAGAUCCACUGUUUAGGUGUUGUUAUCCAAUCAUGUAUUUUAAUAGAGUUUAAAUAUAUACAUAAUUUAUUGUUAUUCGAAUGAUGAUUAUAAAUUCUAUUUUAAAAUCUAGUGUUAUCAAAUAAAUUAUUUAAAUCCAGUUUUAAAAAUCUAGUGUUAUUCAAUUUUUUCAGAUUUUGAUUUUUUUUUGUAUUUUAGAUUGAUUCCAAAUCAUUUCUUAUGGAGUCUCGUGAAUAAAUUAUUGAACUCGAAAUCCAAUGUAUACUGCAGAAAUUUUAGAAUCCAUCACCUUAAAAUAUUUUAAAAUUUGAUAUACUACAAAACAUUAAUAAUUUAUUUUAAUCACUAAUUGAAUAACACCCGAGUCAAAAUUUGCAAAGCAAACAAAAGAGUUUAAUAUAUGCAAUUGUGGUGAGUUAAUUGAAAUGGUUAGUGAAUGCAUAAACCUUUAAGCAACUUAUUUUAUAUCUAAUCCAUCAUGCAAAUGGACUAACAUUGGCUCUAAGAAGAUUUAUAUGGAUAAGAUUCCAUUCAUUAAAGUUUUCAUGUUUUACUUAUUAAAUUUGCUCAGUUUUUGCUCAGUUUUUAUAUCUAAUCCUUCAUUAAAAUAUAUCAGUUUUUUAGCUCUAGUAAGCAUGCCUAAACGCAUGAUUUUAAAAUGAACAUAUGGAUGAAACUAGUAAAACAUACUGAACCUUGUAAAACAUAUAGACAAGAGAAGAAUAUCUAACCUUCUGAAACGUAGGCGAUCUUUGACCAGUUGGAGAAGAACAUCUAACAUUCUUAAACGAAGGCUAUUUUUGAGCCGUUGGAGAAGAACGGUUGCGCGAACCCGUGUUUUCCAAAGAGAAUCUUAGAACCAAAACAGGCCAUCUUCCAUGCAAUCUUAAUCCCCACAUUUUUUAAAAUUUAUCAAUAUGAUAAAAUAAUAAAAUUAUAAUGUUUUCUACUCUUAAUUCUAAUAUCUCAUAUGACAAGUAUCUCUUGUAAUUUUGAGAUAGGUUUGAUACAAUUCGGUCUUGAAUUUUUAGUUGGAAAAAAAUAUAUAUAACGAUACAAAGUUUAAAUUUCUUUAUAAGUAGCUGAACUAAUACCAAAUAAUUUUAUCUAUAAAUCAAAUUAAAUGGAACCAAACUGAACAGAAGCAAAGUAAACCCAAACUAAACCAAUGCGAGUUUGAAUGAGAUUGGUGGGAGGUUUAUGAAAACCAAAUUAACCAUACAAAAUCAAACCAAUGUUAAACAGAAAUGUCCAUUCUUAGAUAUGAAUUCGGAUGUUAAUUAUAACUUAGAACACAAUGACCAUAUACUAAUUCAACUCUAGAUUAUGUUAAAACUCACUUGCUGGUGUUAUGUUCAUGUGUCCAAAUACAUUUACGGUUGUAUGAUAUAUUUGUUGACAUUUGAGAAACAUUUUGGUUAUUUAUAGGAUGCAGGAUUCAUAUCACCAUAUGUCUACCAGACUAAAGAGUUUUAUAUGCCUUCACCUAACAUCAAAAUAAAAAUAAAAUCAAAAGAGAAAAAUAAGAGGAGGAGAAGAAGGAGACUUUUGGCAAAAGCCAAGAGUCAUGCAUAAACUGAGCUAUGUUUUGCUGUCACAUUCAUCUGACCUACCAAAGCUCUCAAAGUGGAACGUCUACAUGUGUGUCUCAAGUCUCAACUCUCAACUCUCAAUAAAAAGUCCCUAUUUGAUAAAUAUAGAACACCAAAUUACAAAAUAUCUAGAGACAAUAAGAACAAAACAAAUUAUUUUGAGGAUGACAUCUAGAAGCUUCAUAUAAGAUACAACUGAUAUAUUUUUAAUGUAAAGCAAAAGAAAAUUAACAUUUCAAAGAAAAAGUUGUGCUAUCCUACAUCAUCAUCAACAUUCAAUAACAAAUUAGAAUUUUACGAAAUUACUUGUUGUCUGCUCAUUGGAUGGGUCUGGUUUCGAAAACCUGCUGCGUU